UUGAUACUCCUGAACAAGACAUGAAAACUCUGAAGCCUUCUGACAUUCAAAAUGUUAGUCUUCAAUUUGAUUUCCACUUUGAGUCUCUCUCACUUGUCCUCUACAACAAUGAUAUAAAUCAGGGUUCUACACUUUCAUUUCACAGUGACCAUUUACGUCUUGGUGAAUUCAGGCUCCAUCUUAUGACUUCAGAGGGACAGAUGUUCAAUGAUGGUUCAUUAAAUAUCUACCUUAAACUGCAAACAUGUACACUUGAUGAUCUUAGAGAAGGUGUUGAAAAAGCUACAUCAAGAAUGAUUGACAAGAAGAAUGGUCAAGAUAAAAAUUCAAUGAUUAAUAUAAAUUACAAGCAAGACAAAAAUGGAAGUCAAAUAGAUGCUGUUCUUGACAAGCUCUUUAUAUGUGCCAGUGUGGAAUUUCUAAUGACUGUGGCAGAUUUUUUUAUCAAAGCUAUUCCCCAAAGUUCAACACCUUCAACUGAAAAAACCACACAGAUUUCAUUAAGACAAACUACUUCAGCAAAAACCAAACCAGAGAGAGAAAGUUCUGGAAGGCCAAAUAUGACUAUAAAGGCAAAGAUAACAGAUCCAGAAGUGGUAUUUGUGGCCAGUUUGGCAAAGGCUGAUGCCCCUGCUCUUACAGCAUCAUUUAAGUGUGAUUUUUGUUUAUCAUCUUCCAAAGUUGAGCAGAAGAUGGUAGUAUCUGUGAAAGACCUUAAAAUGUUAGCCUGCCCUUUUAUCAGAAAAAAAGGAGCAAAAAAUGUUACUACGGUAAGAAUCACUGCUGAUUAUAAUUUUCUGGCUAGGUAACUGCAGAAAUGAGUAAUUAAAAUGAUCAGAUAUAAUUAAUUGUUAUAUUCAAUUAGAAUUGAGUGUUAGCAUGAAUCAGCAUUUUUUUUUUUUUUAAAGAGUACAAACUUAAA